AUCUGUAAGCGACCUACAUUUCCAAGAAAACAAUGCCUACUGCUGUUGUUUUAGAAGUUUGUGGGCAAGUGUUCCCUAUUCCUCCCGAAACCAUAGAAAAUGGUCCUAGUUCACGUCUAACUCGUUUAUUCAAGGCCGGUUGGUCACAUGAAAAGUCGGAACGUAUUACUAUCAACCGACCAGCAGAAUGUUUUGCCGCUAUUUUGGCAUUUUAUCAAACAGGAGAACUACAUAUCCCUAUGACGUCAUGUCCGGGAGCGUUCUUAAAUGAAAUAGAAUAUUGGGAGAUAUCACCGGAAGUUCUUUCGGGGUGUUGCUACUACAGGUUGCAGAGUUUCCUUGAUGAACAGGAAACAGUUCGAACAUUUAAAAGCAAACAGAAGCAGACAGUUCACAAGUUUUCAAAGACCAAGUCCCAGAAUUGUUUUCAAAAAUGUAGAGCAAACAUAUGGGAAAUAAUCGACUAUACAAAACCAUCUAUACUUGGAAAGCUUUACCUUCUCCUAUCAAUUGCAAUGGUACUAACGUCAAUAUUUACACUUGCAUACAGUACUGACCCAAUCUUCAGAAGGACAAUGACAAACUGCGAGCGCCUAGAGUACAUGGUAACGACAGGGGUGGAAGGCUUUGAAAUAAUCCGUCCAUAUUUACAAGAACUAUGUGGCGAGAGUGAUGUGCCUAAAUUCACAUCUGAGCUCGCAGAAAAGCUUAAUCGUACGGACAUUUUCCAUUUAGUACGUGACACAGAUGGAAUGCAGGAGGACGAAGAUUUCUUGACCUUUGAGUUCAUAACAACCCGAGUAGAUCAAUCUGGACCUGAUAGCCGUCCUGGACCUGAGACUGCGAAAACUUUUGACACUGAACUGAUUUCAAAACACUUCAACAAAUCAAAUAUUGACUUGAAAGUUAACAACACUGAAAUUAUUACAUUUUUAGGAGACAUUGCAAAUAUGGCAAUUGAUAAUGAUACAGAUAUUUUAUCGGACAAUUCUAACCUUACUUCAUCUACUGGUGAUACAAUGUUUCCAAUACUGUCUUUAGCCACAUCACCCAUGAUACAUUUAGAUAUUGCUCGUGUUACUGUACCGAAUUUGCAGACGAAAAUAUUAACUCUGACGAUUUUGGAAAUGAUAACAACCCUUUUCUUUUCAGUCGAACUAUUGCUUAGGUUAUCAACAUGUCCUAAUCUAAAAUUCUACUUUCUAUCCAUAAUAAAUAUUUCUGACGCAUUGUCCCUCUUGGGAACCUACCUGUACUUUGCCUUGUACAGCAUAUAUCCCCAUCUACGAUUCGGGAGUUGGAUUGACUAUCUUGACUAUUGUCAAAUGUUGAGGUCAUUAAAUCCCAUUCCAUUUGUUUGA